CGCCGAAAUGGGCGAGCAUAAUCUUCUUAAUCCCGGUUCCGGGUUUGUGGGACCUUUGGUAAACAUCCACACUGGAGACACAUUUUACCUCCCUAAUUUCAGAGCGUCCGGGGGACAACUGGCGGGUCUAACCUCUCUCUCCUACCCAAGAAGGGAGAAUGUAUGCUCGCUCCCUUGGACCCCUUCAGAGCCGUGCAAUGGAUAUCCUCAAUCCUACUUUAGCAGUCCCAUGCCCAUUAAUCCCUCUUUCAACCGUGCAUGUGAAAUCACCAGACAAGAUGAAAGCAAAUGUUUUUACAGCAAUGGUGUCGGCAACAGGGAACCCUGCGCUGAAAGCGCAAUCCUCAAACGUGAAGAGAGGGCAAGAGGAGACUCCUCUUCCUCCAUAACGACGGAGCAUGGACUGCACAACGGGAUGGGCAACAAUGGUACAUUUUCCAAGUACGACUAUGGCCCCGAGCAGUUGACCCAAGAUCCGCCAACCUGUCAAUCCCUAGAAUCUGACUCCAGUUCAUCGCUGCUAAAUGAAGGGAGCAAAUCUUCUGCAGGCAUCGCUCAGGCGUUGACAUCCCCUGGCAAUCACGCACUAAGCACAGCAGCGGGUGGAGGCGCCCCGUGGUAUCCAAUGCACACCCGAACCCGAAAGAAACGUAAACCCUACUCCAAACUCCAGCUGGCUGAGCUGGAAGGCGAUUUCAUGCUCAAUGAGUUCAUCACCAGACAGCGGCGUAGGGAACUCUCUGACCGCCUAAACCUCAGCGACCAACAGGUUAAAAUAUGGUUCCAGAACCGGCGGAUGAAGAAGAAGAGAUUGAUGCUUAGGGAGCAGGCCUUGUCCUUCUUCUAAAAGGGAGAGAGAGGCGAAAGAGAGAUUGUGAAGAGGAACAUAGGCAGGCAGUAUUUUAAAUUAAACGUACUGUAUUUUGGUGUAAUCAAAUUCGAUCGCAUAGCAUGCACAGUAUGAAGUCAGAUGUCCUUAAGAAGGAGGACGCAUCUGGUUUAUCACUACAUAUUUCGAAAAACAAAUUAAUAGUCCAAAUAUAUGUUUAUCUGACGUUGAGUCGCAUAAAACGUUACUAAAGUAACAGUGCAAGGGGUUAAGUAUUCCCUAGCCUGUAUUCUGUGUUCUUUGAUAGGCCUAUAGAAACAUCUCAUUAGUAAACGCCCUGGAAUGAAAGGCACAGUAAUUUGGGAAAAUAUUAUUUGUGAUUUGUACAUUUUUUGAUACACAUAUAUUUGACUUUGUAGUUUCCCAUAACUUUACCAAUACAAUACCUACACACUUGUGGCUCACUCGCUAGGGCGUAACGUCCUAGAUCAACCAUGGUCACAAUCAUAUAAUUUUUUUUUGGAACUAAUCAAAGUUUAUCCGGGGUUUAAAAAUGGAUUUGAUUUAAGAUAUGAACAAGUAGCCUAUAGUUGUGAAGAAUAUGAAGCUAACAGAAAGUUACGGAUUUCAUGCUAUUGGAUUCAAGUCAAAAGUAAAUAUCAAUUAAUAGAUCAGUUCAAUUCACGAAUGCAUAGCAGCCUGUAUUUAUAAACCAUUUACGUCCAUCGCCUGAGUUUAGUGGAAUUAUGAUUGAACUGACCACGAUUCUGUUUCAUAAAUUAGAGUUUAUAGGGCUACUAUAGCCUAUACGCCUAUGUAGGCGACGGUGCAUUAUGGCUAUGGCGCAUAAUAGUUUACAUCUAAUCUACAUUCCACCAGUAGUCUAUUUAAUAAGUCAUGACAUGAUAUUUUUCCAAAAUCGACCGCAGAACCUAUAACAAUCAUUAAAUUACAGAAUCCUAAAACAAUUACAAUGGUAAUGCAAGGCUGAAUUUGGGCUAUGGUCUAAAUAAGCAUAGGCCUAUUAUUUGAUAGCCUAUUGUCUUGAUCGUAUAGUGGACAAUAAGACAGUUUUGGGGCAUGUAAUUGAAAUCCUUAGUUGUGUAUUUUCAAUCAGUCACGGGCUCUAGGGGACGUGCAUGGCCACGGUCAAGGACAACAACUGGCCCUACACCCUACUGCUGUUUUUUAAAUUGCGUUUCGAUAUUGUUUGUCAAUCACAACACUUUUAUUUGCCAAUAUCGGUUAUCUGGUAUUACAUUUCUCGUCCCACUUAAACACACAAACACACACACACGCAUUUGCUGAGUUGCAGUCUUUAAAGGCUGGGGGGACUGCGAUAAGCUAUUUGAGGGUAUUUUGGGACGGGUGGGCAAGUGUCCAUGCUGCUAUUUCUGUGCGGAAUGAUCCGCGGAUUCUCUCGACGCUUGAGCGCAAAGUAAUAGUCAUGACUAUUUAUCGACUGCGAUCUGUUUACUGCAAUAAUAAUUGGCGGCUUGUGUAGACUAAUAUCUUUCUCCGUAAACACUCGGACACAUCCCUAUUAGAUCCCUCUUUAAAACGUGUAUUUCCUGUGUAAAUAACUGAGCAGUUGUCAUGGAGGAGGUGAAAAUGGUCUGGUUUAAGGCCGUCCCUUACUUAGCCCCACAAGGGCAUGAAUGAGGGCAGUGAAAAUGGGUCCUAACUGCAAACGGCUCUUCUUUUGAUUGGAUUGAUAUUAAUACCAAAAAGACUAAUACAUGUUUUGAGAAGUCCAUGUAAUGUAGGCUUGUAUUGGAUAUCCACUGUAAGAUGUGAAUUAGGUGGAGAAAUUGCGCAAAAAGGAUUUAUUGUCACGCAAUUUGGGCCUAUCAGUUCCAUCACCAAAUGCUGAAACCUUCUAUGCAUUGAUGAUUAUUGCUUGUUGUCUGCUACAUAUUUUCUAUUAUCCUUAUAGUCAUUAUCAUAUUGAAAGCUUUAACUAGGCUAUAUUUUAAUGUUAUAAAAUGUUGUCAGUAGCUGUAUUAUUGUCGAAGUGACAGUGUUUGCAAGGAAUUUGGAAUAAGUUCUCCCCUAUAGGAAUUUCGUUCAUGAAAAUACAGUAUAGAUGUCCUGAAUUGUUUGUGCUGCGCUCUCUCUCUCUCUCUCUCUCUCUCUCUCUCUCUCU